UUCUCUCUUCCUGUUUGUGCUCGUAUGGUUCCAUCUGUACUGGGGCCACUGGCGCCCCCCUUCAAGAAACAAGAUGGAGCAUCGUCACGGGAUUAUGAAAGCCUUUCCCAAAGUCAAGCGAGCUAGAGUGUUACAAGGAAAGGAUGCACCCCCAGUAAAGAAGAAACCUGAAGAAGUUGAUACCACAGGAAACUCUUUUGAUGGUGUCACAGUGUACAUCCUGCCUGCUGGAAUAGGAAAUGCCAGAUGCCAGAUCUUUCAAAGACAAAUUCGGCAGAAUGGAGGACAGACGGAGAGUUCACUGUGUGCCAGUGUCACUCAUGUUGUUGUGGAUGACAACAUGGACAGUGACAGGGCACAACGCUUACUACAAGUGGAUAGUAUGCCACCUGGAGUCCAACUAGUGAAAUGCAUUUGGUUGAGUUUGUGCAUCAGUGAGAAACAACUGCUUGAUGUUGACAGCUACAGCCUUCUUUUACCCAAGAGAGAAUCUGAAACACUGCAUGAAAAUAUUAAAGAAGAGCUGCUGAAUGUCAAGCCCGCUGACGGAACUAUUGCAGAGCCAGUGUUGGAUCAGACCAAGCAAGAGAAGACCAUAGACAUGACAGUUACAGACACUAAAGAGGAAGUGCAAGGUGAAGAAGAUGGGGUCUCACAAAGUGACCUGGAAGCUCUGAUCACUGGCCAGCACCCGAAAGAGGAGACUCCUGGCCUCAGCCUAGACCCGAGUCGAGACUCUGCUGCUCAGAAGGUGAUAUCAGGGAAGUGGGUCUGUGCCCAGUCCUCUCAGUCCAAAAUGAAUAACUUCAACAAACACAUCACAGACAAACUAGAAGUGCUGGCCAAGGCCUACACACACCAAGGGGACAGGUGGCGGGCGCUGGGCUAUUCCAAGGCUGUCAAUGCACUGAAGAGUUACCACAAGCCUAUCACAUCAUAUCAGGAGGCUUGUCAGAUUCCAGGAAUUGGUAAACGAAUGGCCGACAAAAUUGACGAGAUCAUGGAGAGCGGUCACCUGCGGAAGCUCGACCACCUCGGGGAGGCUGUGCCAGUUUUGGAGCUUUUUACUAAUGUCUGGGGUGCAGGAAUUAAAACUGCACGGCAGUGGUACCAACAGGGCUUUCGCACAUUGGAGGACAUCCGCACAAAAGCCCACCUGAGUAACACUCAGAAAAUAGGACUCAAGCACUACGAUGACAUUUUAGACCGCAUGCCCAGAGAAGAAGCAGCAGCCAUAGAGAAAGUGCUGAAGAAUGCUGCCCAGGCCGUAGACCCAGGCCUGGUGGCGAUGGCAUGUGGCUCCUAUCGUCGGGGAAAGGCCACAUGUGGAGAUGUUGACGUACUUGUAUCUCAUCCUGAUGGCAAGUCCCACAAGGGGGUGUUCAGUAAAUUGUUAAAGAGCCUCCAUGACAGUGGGUUUUUGACAGACGAUCUGGUGAGCCACGAAGAAAAUGGUGAGCAGAAGAAAUACAUGGGUGUGUGCCGUUUGCCAGGACCUGGCCACCGCCAUCGCAGGCUGGACAUCAUCGUAGUGCCCUACAAUGAGUUUGCCUGCGCUCUCAUGUAUUUCACUGGAUCGGCACACUUUAACCGCUCAAUGAGAGCGCUGGCAAAGACAAAAAAAAUGAGUUUAUCGGAGCAUUCGUUGAAUAAAGAUGUGGUGCGUCAGGGUAGCUUGAAGGUCUAUAGCGGCACUCCAAUUACUACACCGACAGAGAAGGAUGUGUUUAGUCUUAUAGGCAUACCAUAUAGACAGCCCCAUGAAAGGGACUGGUGAGCAUUUGCUAAUCACCAAACCAAUCACAAUGUCUUGUCAGGUUUUAUAGAAAAUUAUAUGAUGACAAUGCAAACUGCAAUUAACAGACACUUUUAUUGAUGUAUUACUGCUCCACAGAUCAUGCAGGAGCCUUGGUUUACUUGAAUGCUGAUUUUAUUCUACAUAUUAAAGGGGGGGGGGGUUCACUCAAAUGCAAAACAAAUUAUUUUCUUACUUUUCCUUAUGUCCUCUGUCCUCCAGUCCCAUAUUGUUUAGAUGUCCACCUCUAAAACUCCUGCUGCCACCCUGAUACAAUUAAUUGAAUUUAGUUGUAGGCUCCAGAGCCUUUAAACAUUUGAAUUUGAAUUUGGUAGGGACAGUAUUCUCAGCCGAAGGUCGCCAGAUUAAGCUGAGUACCCAAGAACAUUGUUGAAACAUUCUUUGCUAUUAAGUUUGACAAAUUACAAUAAUAAAACCUCUAUUAUAAAAACCUGGCAGCAAAGGUUACAAAGCCAAGUAUCUAAAAAACGUGUGGACUAACCACAUAAAAGUGGAAAAAUAUGUGAUAUUGCAAGUUGAGUGAACUGGGCUUUUUAAAGACAUUUUAAUAUAGCAGCUGCCUAAACCUGUAUAUUUUAUGGCAAUAAAACAUAUGAAAUGGUGAUGUCA